AUGCGAGCCCUCCUGAUCUUGAAUGCUCUGUUUACCACCGUUCUAACUCUGAAAAUCCUUGUCUACUCUGCUCCGUUAGGAUACUCUCACAUGCAGUUUAUGGGAGCAAUCGCCGAUAUUCUCCAUGAGGCCGGCCACGACGUGCUACUCUUUGAUUUACCCGAAUCGAUUCGCCGGCAAUUCGACAGAAGAGAAAUGGGAUUAUGGAAACUGGCAAGCAGUUCAGUCCUUGAGCAACUGAAAUUGGUUCUGCUUUUCUCAAAUUUGCAAUCGGAAUCAUGUGAAUAUAUCCUUGGCGACAAUCACACGAUGGAUUUCCUCAGAAAUGAGCAUUUUGAUGUGGGCAUCUCUGAAGUUUUUGCGCUAUGUGGAUUUGGAGUUUUUGAGCUAGCAAAUACCUCCAACGUGGUUGCGGCUUCAGCUGUUGGAGUGAUUGACAUCAUGAAAGAAUUCAUCGAAGUGCCGAUAAUGCCGAGUUUCAUGCCG